UUUGAGGUGAAGCUGUAGCUGCGUCUUUGUGCCUGCGGGGUUGCUAGCUGACAUAAUGCUAGCUUUUCGGUUGCUACAGAUAAUGGUAGCUGUCAGAGCGGCGGAGCGUUACUGUAGGCAGCUGUCACCUCACUAAGCUGAACUUAUUCGCUAGUUUUUUGUUUUGUUUUUGUCGCGGCUGUGUGCUUGCUUUCUGUAGUGCUAUCCUUUUAUUUUAAAAUUGCUGUGAUUUUUUUAUUUUUUUUAAACGGAUGAGAAAGUAUGCAGAGCUUUUGCUUUAGUAAAAGUAGCAAUAUUGCGCUGUAAAGAAAGAAAGAGAAAGAAAGAAAGAAAAAUUGCUGACUAGUUAAAGUCAUGCAUUGAAAAUGUUCUUGAGAUAUAAGUAUGAAAACCAGUGCUUGGGAGGAGAUAUUUAUUUUACACCACGCAAUAUACUCUGACCCUCCCAUACAGAGACAACAGUGGGAGAAACAGGGUCUUCAGUUCAGUGUCUCCUGCCAUACAACAGCUCUUCAUGACCCCACAUCUCGUUGCACAGCUGGAGUUCGGAUGUUUGAUGCCAUUUCACAUGAGGCCAGAGACGUAGUGCUGCUUCGGUGCUUGUGAAUACUGCCUGGGAUACUCUGGAUUUAUCUCAAGUGCCAAAGUGAUGAAGUGUCUCGGACAGGGAGAGCCCAGCCCUGAACAGGAAUGUCAUUAUUCAGCUUUCGGGCACCUCUGGAGGGGCUAAAGAGAGCAGGGCUGGUCAGUGGUGGAGAGAAUAGAGGCGGGUUUCCAGGCAACUUGUGUAUUGAUGGGUAGUCAUUUCCUCCAGUCAACUCUCGUGGACUGAUAUCUGUGCAUUCCUGUUAGACUGGCAUCGAAAACCACACAACUAUUGCUCUUGAGCGAAUAUGAUGUUCACACAACACUUUUUUUUCCUGCCGGCGACAACUUUCUAAAAUCGACCCGGUGACUGUGGAUGUCGUGUUGUCUACAUAUAUGAGGAGAAAAUGAUAAACGUAUAGAUACUUGCAGUAGCUACAAGUGUGUGCAGCUGAAGCUAUGGUGGCCCUCGCAUCAACUCAUCAGCCAAUCUCAGUUUAUGACUUCAGAAGUCUUUAGAGGCCAGGAUCAGAAACAAGUUCAGCAGACAACGCUCUCACAUGCAAUGGAAGAAGACAUUGAUGUUGCCUCCCGCAUUGAGGGUCUGAAUGGUUUGUCUCGUGAAUGUAAACCAUUAGAGGAGAUAACCAAUGGACACUCCAAUCAUAAGCCUAUCAUGAAUGGACUGGUUAUUGGUCAUAAUGUCAAAGACCACACCAAUGGCAGCGCACCACUCAGAUCUCUGCCGAUUUCAGCAUUAAAACAGAAUGGUCUUCUGCAAACCCUGGCAGCUGGAGACCAGCCCAAGCCUGAAGAUGAUAAGGAAAAUGUGGAGUUGGAAAAGGCCAGACAGGAGUGGGAGGCUCUAGAGCACACCCAGCCAGCUCUCACUGAGGACUUAAACCCAACCCCACUUAUCUCCUUCAAUGAAGCCCUGCAGUACUUUCAGACCACAGACCUUGGGGAUUUGCUGAAGAACAUCCAGCCAACCAUUCACAGGACUGGUCUGGCCGCGAUCACACACUUCCUCUUUGGACCGCCGCGACUUCACAGGGAGCUCCUGGAGGAGAGAGAUCUCGUCUUUGCCAUUGCACAGUGCCCUGUUGACAACAGCCAAACGGUCCACAUGCGUGUCCUCCAGACCAUUUAUAAGAAGCUGAUUGGCAGCAAGUUGGACUGUCCACGGUAUGGCGUACACUGGGAAAACAUUGGCUUUCAGGGUACAGACCCUGCCACUGACCUACGUGGCACUGGAUUCCUGGGACUGAUGCAUACUCUAUAUUUUGUGAUGGACCCAGAGACUCUACCCUUGGCUAGAGAGAUCUACAAAUUAUCACAACACCCGACACAGAACUUUCCAUUCAGUGUGAUGUCAAUCAACAUGACCCGCAUCGCUCUGCAAGUACUCAGAGAGGAGGCCUUGUCCAAGGAGUGUAAUCGUCGUCAGCAAGUGGUCGGCGUGCUGAAUGAGUUCUACGUUGCCACGUAUCUGCACCUUUAUCAACUGUGGAAGACCCAGCAGAAGACCAUCGCUGACUCUGGCUUUGUUCUAAAAGAGGUGGAGCUGUUUGCCAAAAAGAACCCCAAGCAGAUGCUGCGCCGGCUAGAGGUCUUCCUGAAAGAGAGGCGGGCAGGUGGAAUCCCCCGUGGGACGUCGCCAGACCCUGUGGCUCAACAGCCCUCUCCCAGCCUGGGGGAGCGAGGGGCCAAAGCUGGCACUGCACAGGCACGCAAGGGAAAGGAGAUGCACUUCACAGGAGUGUGUGAUCUACCGCCAGACAUGGAGGGAGAGGCCAGACUGAUCUAAGCUAGACUCUAUGCGAGUGUUUCUGUGUGUGUGAGUCUAUCUAUUACUUUAUGUCCGAGUGGCUUACUCAGAGCUAGAAGAAGAGCCCCACAAGACCAUGAUCUAGGACCUGCUAUCUGAACCUUAUCAAACACUUCCACUCCUUCCAUUGUUGCUGGGGUGCUGCACUUUGAUCAGAUUAUGCUAGGGGAUCUUUCAGAGUUAUGUUUGAGUUUUGUUAUUAACUUAUUUAUUAAGCAUGGGUGCAUAGAACAGAUAUAAAGAGGUCAGAAACUCAAGAUGUCACAAAAACAAAAUAAAGUGAAUAUUUGCACUUUU